UCACGAUGUUUUGUUUUGACUUUUAAGCCGGGGGGGCCCGUCUCCGACGUUGACUUUAUGGUUGUGCAAAAUUGUCACGUCAGCUUGAAGUUUUCAAUAUGCAAGCACCCCAAACCGGUAAACUUUUAAAUAACCAAGGAAGGAAUUUAUCUAAAAACAGUUUAUUAGGACUAACCAGCCUGAAUCAAGAAGUAGCUCUGUUUGACUAUGACAAUGUUUUGAUACAAAGAAAUUACAUUGAAAAUGAACAAGUCAGAAUUGUAUCAGGAGGAGCAUAUUUUCUUGCUGAAUUUGUUGGAAAAGGCAUGUUGACAGCUUCUAUAGAAGGUGACAAUUAUUUGGCCCCAUCGUCGAAAAUUGUGUUGAGAACGUUGAGAGAACUGAGUUACAACCACAUAAAAGGAAACCUAGUCAUAGUGCGAGCAAACUCUGGCGAUUUACUGAAUUUUGGUCUAGCAGUCGAGAGAGCGGUGAAUGAUAAUUUGCGAGUAAAACUGCUCCCCAUCAGCGAUGAUGUCGACAAUGUAGGAGUGCCGAAAACGUGCAAAAGAGGCCUGAGUGGAAUUAUAUUGAUCCUCAAAAUGGCAGGGGCAAUGUCCGAAAGACAACAUUCUUUGACCGAUAUUUUCAAAUUUUGUAAAAAGUACUCCAACAACGUUGUCAGUACAGAUAUCGAUUACUCUCUCCUAUCAGACAAUGACGGUGGUAAUGAAUGUACCUGCAAUAGCAAAAGUGCUGUGCACUACGGUGUAAAGAGGAUGAGAUCAAGUCUGAACCUAGCGCAAGGUCUUUGCGUUGAAGCUUUGAACCACAUCGUAACUAUUCCACAAGAAGAUUCUAAUAUAGAAUUUGACGAUUAUGGAGAAGAUGGUCAACAUAGUAAACUCCUUUUGAAGCCCGAGGAUAACAUCGUUAUUUUAUUGAAUAACAAUGGUAUAUUGAACAGAAAUGAAGAAUGGCUUUUUGCUAAAGAGAUAUUAGAUUUCCUAGCUGGAUCGUCGGUUCAAGUACAUCGAUUUUAUGUGGGAAAUUUCAUGAGAUGUUUGGAACGCAAUAAUUUGAAUCUUACGGUUAUGAAAGUUGAAGAUAAGGAAGUUUUGAGCUACCUUGAUGACCCUUGCAGUGCACCAGGUUGGCAUAAAAUGAAUCAAGGAUUAAUUGGACCGUUAUCAACUGAUAAUGUACUCAACAGCAAAUUGAAGAGAAAAGAGCGAUUAUCUCCUCCAAUCAGAGGCAUCAAGUUGGAUGAUAAUUUGGCAAAUGUUUUGUUAUUCUCGACUCAGUUUGCAUGUGAUGCCUUGAUUUCAUGUGAGAAGCAGCUGAAUAUAAUUGACGCAGAAAAAGGUGAUGGAGAUACUGGUACUAGACUGAAAAAUGCAGCUGAAAUUCUACUCAAAAGAAUGAAACAGGACAAACUGAUAACAAGCUAUCCAUUCACGUUUUUCGAGUCCCUGAGCAAGAUAUUGGAAUCGAGCCUGGGUGGUACUAUUGGAUGUAUAUAUAGCAUACUGUUUGAGGCAGCGGCAAAAGUUUUCAAUGAAUACUCGGAAAGUACAGAAAUAACACCUUCCAUAUGGCUGAAUUCAUUCGAAUGUGCUGGAGAGGCCUUGAAAAGGUAUGGAAAUGUAGAGGACGGAGAUGGUACGAUGUAUGAUCCUAUUUAUGCUUUCACACAAACGUCAAGACACGAAUUCGAACAAGGUAAUAACUGUAUGGACUCUUUCGGGAAAGGAGUAAAAGUUGCCGAAGAAACAGCUCAGUUAACGAAAAAGCCUAAAUAUAGGUAUCCCGAUUCUGGAGCACAUGCUGUAGGUAUAUGGAUGAGAGCAGUAUUUGAAGGAGUGAAACUUAGGUGUUCAUUCGACUAAUUGAAUUGUAUAAAGUAUGUGCAAUUUGAAUCCGUAAGACCGUCGUAUUCUGGAAGA